GCAGGUGAUUCAAAACGAGAGGAAUUUCGGAAAUACUUGGAGAAGGCUGGAGUGUUGGAUGCAUUAACCAAGGUACUAGUAGGUUUAUAUGAAGAACCAGAGAAGCCGGAUAAUGCUCUCGAAUUCAUUCGGAAACAUCUGCAAAUCGGGGGACCAGAUGCGGCAGAAGUUGAAGCCAUGAAGCAGGAAUUAGAUGAACUGCGGCAAAAAGUUGAACACUUAGAGUUGGAAAACUCCGAACUGAAACGGGGUAUCGAGCUGUCAAAGGAGCCUUCAUCAGCAGAUGUACCUCAAGCCGAGGCCGAAUCUGAUCCAGUCAACUGACGACGCGCAAGUAUAGGGGCAACAGUACACGGUGGCACUAAACCCCCCGAAAUCAUAAACUUGAGAUCAUGAAUAUUCUAUACGCAUUUUAUACCUAUACCAUUCCUAUCUUCAGUGUUGG